AUGUUUGCUUAUGUUCGUCUACUUUUUCGUCACGCACAAUUUCAAGAUGGGGAAUUUCUUCGGAAUUCACCAUUUCAUUACUUUGUAGUCCAAUAUUUACAGUGGAGAUCUGAAUUUCCUUACCCUCUGGGAAUAGUGACCAAGACGAUCCCCAGAGGAAAGAAUCUUACAGACGCGUUCAAGCUGCUCCAAAAUGAAUAUAAUCUGAAAGAAGAAUUUCCAGAAGAAGUUACUAAAGAGGUGGAAAGACACACCAGGGACUGGUCGAAUGUCCCUUUCUAUGAAAAAAAGAGCCGUCGACAUAUAUUGAACUCUUUUACAGUUGACCCUCCCGGAAGUAAAGCUCUGGAUGAUGCCUUAACUCUCGAAGAACUAGAAAAUGGUCUCUACAAAGUCGGCAUCCACAUCGCUGACGUGUCUUAUUUUGUUCAAGAAGGAAGUAAAAUCGACCAGGAAGCUCAAAAGAGAGGACUUAGUUACUUGAAAGGGCACCGUGGCGGAGAAGUCCUCAUGCUUCCAAAGGAGCUAAGCCAUUCUAUUUGCAGUCUGCUGCCAAAACAAGAUCGGCUUGCGAUCUCUAUAUUUAUCACUUUGGACCAAGAAGGUCGUAUUCAAGACGAAGGAACGUUGGACUUCUGUCGAACGAUUGUAACCUCGCAAUGCCGUUUGACGUAUACACAAGCGCAGAGAAUAAUUCUUGGAGAGUCUGUUCAUUGCAGUUCCGGGGAUGGAGAGUUGACGUUCGAGAUAGAAAAAAGUAUACGUGGCUUAAGUUUAUUAGCCCAGAGGAGACGGAGAAUUCGUCUUUCCGAUGCAUCGUUCUUUCAUUUUGAAUACCCAGAACGAAAGCAAGACUUUGAGGCUCACGAAAUGGUUGAAGAAAUGAUGAUCCUGACCAAUACCGCUGUGGCCAAAUACCUUCUUACCGAAAAACCGGGGCUCUCGCCGUUGAGAAUCCAGCUUCCACCAAAAAGACGUAAGCUGGAAGAAUGGCGUGAGAAUUUUGGGGACUUUGCCAAGUUUUCGCUUUCUCUUAGUAAACAUUUGGCUUCUAUUCAAGAUCUUGAUUCCAUGCAAUCAUUUGUCAUGCCAAAGUCUACGUGGAGCGACAUUUGUAAUAAACGGCGCCAUCGCAAUAAUAGAGAUCUGAAACUUCUGCUUUGCAACGAUAAUGUCUACCCUCAACUUGCAGUCGCCCAUUCUUUUCUUAAUUAUGUAACAAGUAAAGCUGAGGAUGUAAGAGCGGCUGAAGUGGAAGAGGAGCACCGGGUACACUGGUCUUUAAAUGUUCGUGGGUACACUCGCUUCACCUCCCCUAUUCGUCGUUACCUUGACAUUUUGGCCCAUCGUUUGUUGCUUAAUGAACCUGCGAGUCAAGACCCAGCGGUAGACGAAGUUGCCCAAGUUGUUCGCCGAUGUGGAUAUCUGUCUGACAGAUCAACGGCUUUUGAGAAAGAUUGCGGCCGGGUCCAAGUGGCGGAAAAACUCAAGAUUGCAACUUGUGAGUUUACCGCUGUCGUUGAAAUGAUUGGAGAGGAUUUCCUUAGCUUGCAUCUUAUGUCAGAGAUACAUCAGUAUCUCUCUCCAAAACAAAGGAAAAUUAAAAUAAGUCACCUUGGACCAGUUGAGCAACCGCAACUAGGCGAGUCUUUUCAAACUGUACAACUGAAGUGGAAGUUUAGAAUGUAUGAUGCUUCUACAAAGAAUGUUGAACGGUCAAAACGGCUCUCAAGUAAGGCUCAAGGUCGCAGUCUCCGACAAGACUGGAAGAAGAUUUUGUCUUUGCUUUGUGAACGGUCAACGUGUAAGUCAUACAACAUUCCUGGAGAUCUCUGGCACCGCGUUUUGCAUGCCAUUAAAAAUGACGAUGAUAAAGGAUUGAACGCAAGUUUAGAAGAAAUAGACACAUUAAUAAGAAGGAUUGAGAAACAGGGAAUCACGGAAAACCCAUACUGUGAAGAGGUAUACCAUGGAGACCAUGAAUACGACAUGGAUAGUGAUAAUGACGAUGCCGUCGAUGAUGAUGAUGGUGAUGAUGAAGAGGAAGAGGAUGAUGAUGAUGAUGAUGAUGGCCGUGGUGAUUGCGAUGAUGAUACAGAUGAAGAGAGUGAUUUUGAUAAAGAAUAUGAAAAUAACGAUGACUAUAACGAGGAUUCUGACGAUGAGUUGGACUAUCAAGAACAAAACAAGAAGAACGAUAAGACAACAAAGGAUAAUCAGGAAAGGGGUGAAAGAAAAACGUUGGCCGCGACGUCAAAUAAUGAGAUCAAGAACGUGCACUUCGUAGAGACAUCCUUGGUUCUUCAAGUUGGUGACAGUGUCAGCAUACAACUCUCAGCAAGCAACGCUGAAGCAUUUAUCUCACCUGAAGUGCAAUGUUUCAACUUAUCACCCAAUAUCAACGUCUGCCUUGAGCACAGAAAGCUAUCCGAUAAAUGUUUCGUAACGGCUGCAUCAGGCAAAGAUUCUCAGCAAUUUUAUAAAUCCAUUAACGCCUAUGUUUAUGAUUGGAGGCCAAUAGUUGCUAUGGAAGCCGCGACAGUUGCCGUAAAGAAUGACGAUACGUUCACUCUCCAGAACCUUGAAGUGGAAUGGAGGGAGGAUGAAAGUGGUAAAUUUGUCGGAGAGUUUCGACUCGAAGAGAAGUACUGUAAAACAAGACAAAUCGAGAUUUUCACGGGAGAUUAUGCUUGCGUAAGAUUUGCUUGCCCAAAGUCAUGCUCAGGAGCCUUGCAUAGCCCAUCCCGUUUUAGCGAAAACGAGUUAAGUACGUCCUCUGAAUACCGCGGAGAAUGUGGAAAAAAUGACGACGUUUGGGAUGAAAUAGAAAGGAACCAAGCAUCGAGAAAGACCUGCUGGGUUGGUCACUGCAACAUUAUUGUACCUGGCAGCCAACAGAUGAACUUCACCCUUAAGCUCUUUCAACAUUCAAUGGAAUUUACGGAUCUUUUAGAAAAGAGAAGCAGCUGGAUUUGUACCGUGGAGAUAAUAAAACAGACUAUUCCUUUCAGGUUAUUAUUACUAGCCUGCAACCAAUAGGGUUUUUUUGUUCAGGUAGUUAUUGUCAGGCGUUAAAUGCAUCUCCAAACGUCCAGACUUUUACUAAAACGAUUUUUUAUUUACUGUAUGUCAUUUACAGUACCAUGUCGUACAUACAGUGCUGCCCGUUUAGCAAAUUUGUCGAGAGCGCUGAUCUACUGAUCUUCCCCGACCGGAACUUUGCCAGCGUCCAUAAGAAACUGGUGAAAUCAUGAUGGGUGUGACCAGGACCUUACCUCAGAUUAGAUGAAAACGUCAUUGCGCUAAGACGUUGGCACUUCUAUGCCUAUUUUGAAGAAGAAGAGGGAAUGUAGAACCCUCUUUUAUGUGAUUUAUCUGAAUUCGGCCGUCCAGGCAGGCAAAGUAAGCACAGAACUGGAAUGGAGCGGGAGUAAAGUGGUCGUUCAAUACACUGAUGUCUGAUCGGACCUCUGGUUCCUCAGUCCACACCUUACCCAACCCAGCUGUAAGGGAAGAAAUGAGCUGUUUGUUUCGAUAACAUAUAAACAGUACCGUACAGUACUGCACACAGUAAAAGCGCUAUUAUACUCUUUACACGAAAUCCACAACUGGCAACAUUUACUUCAACGUCCUUGCUUUUAUUGGGCCAGAACAAACUCUCUUUAGCUCUGCAUUUCUCCAUCCCAUAGUGACUGUCAUGGAUUUUCUCAUUUCGCAUAUUAUAUGGAGUAUUAAGACGAUCAACAUUUAACAAACAGACAGUUGAAACUCGUCUUCCUGUGAUACAGACUCCAACUGACCAGCAUUGCUAAGGGUAUCUGAAAGAGGAAUUGGUCACCAGGUUGUUUCUUGACUUUAAAACCCUCCUGUUGUUCAAGAAGUAUCGUUUGCUUAAUGCGCUGCGGUGACAUAGACAACCAGAGUUUUUUGUUUACUUCUUAUCAUAGCUGCAUAAAUGCAAUCGUGAGGUGUGCAGAUGCCGAAGACAAUAACAUCAUAGUGAAAAAGUUAAACUCACAUUAAAGUGAGCCAUUACAAGUAACUAAAACUAGGUAUCCGAGAACCGACCAAGGAAACGUCGUUUUUCCCUGGCUUUAGAAGCAGUUUUAUGAAUGCUUGUCCACUUUAGGUGAUAUAUUAAGCGAUCAUUUCUUGUCAUGCUUUCUGUUGUGCUUCCAUCCACUACCAUUUCAAUAAUUUUUCCAAAUGCUCAUGAAGUGGAUUGUAAAUGCAAGCUAAAUUGGAGAUGAACUUAUGCAGGUCAUUCAGCAUAUAUAUUAAUCAUUGCGACCUUGUGGAAAUGGCAUGUUCAAAAUGGCUUGAAUUCCGUCCGGGUUGGGGAUCUUAAACCAUCAGUCCCGAAAAAUAUUCCACAUUUUAACUUCCUGCCUGUGAAACAUGCGCUUUUGCUCAUGGAAUUUUAAAUAAUUCCCCACCCAAUACUCUGUUCAAAACCUGUGAACAAAGUAUUGAUCAUGAUCAAUGUGUGAUCACCAUCCUCUGUAUUCUUUCCUCGCAUUAGGAAAUCAUCAACAAUAACUUUGCAUUUCUCUGUGUCGUGAUAUAUUAAUCAUGGCUCUUUCAAAAGAUCCUUGGGCGGAUAUCAGACAUGGCAACCUUUCAAAUUUAAACCUAAAAACGGCAUGUUAAACGUAGUAGUAAGCCAAGUUCUCGCCCAAUUUGAUCUGGUAGAACACCAACUUAUCAAACUUUCGCUUCUGACUUUUGUGGCUACCUCUCCCAUCGGUUUCGAGGGGCAAUGCUCUCUUUUAACCGCUUUAUUCAUAUCAACAGGAUAAGGGCAGAUACGAACAUCUCCCGAUGCGGCUUUCGGACUACAAAAAUUGGGUUGACCCACUUGAUGGGUUGCUCAGUUGUAGUGAUAGUGCCCAUCCUUUCCAUCCGACACAGUUGAUUCUUGACUUUGUCUCUUCACAUGAUUUCAUGGUUUGAAUAGGAGACAGCUUUGACCACCUUCUACUGUCAACCACACAACCCUUUUCCUUACAAAUAAUUUGUGGGAUGACGUUACACUGAGCUCCAGUGUUAGGCCUGAAAGGGAUGUCGUGAACUUUCAAACCUAUGAACCUCUUAUUAUUCUCUAGGCAUUUUUUUCUUAAAGCACCAAUAAAGAAUGCCUGUUCGUCUCUAGAACUUUCUUAGUAAAUUGCAUGAACCUCCUUUCUCUCAGCCUAGUAUACACUUGUGAAAUGGUUUAGACCUGUGGCAAGAGUUUUAAUUCUUUCGAUAUGCAGGACAACGGCCUUGUUUUUGACGGUAUAUACAGAAUUCAAUAGACGUGAAAUCCCGAGUACAAAUCCUCGGCCACGCUUGUAAAAUCCUAACUGGUUGCUUUCUAUCACUUAGGAUUUUAAAUCCUGAUAUGUUCUAUUUGUAUAAUAUCAAUGUUUCUAAGCAUUUGAGUGGAGUGCCUGUAAAAUGGCUUGAUAAGCUAAGUGCACUGUUUAUCUUGAUACCUACUUUGCUACCUUUCGCAUUUCCACGCUUAUCUUUCUGAAUACUUGAAGUUGUAAGCAAUCAUCUGCUUUUAGCUUCUCAACAUUAUCCGUUCGGAAAGUGGGUCGUGAGUUUUAAGGAAAGUCUCUUUAAAAAUUUAUCUUAUUUUCAAGAUGACCUGUGCGGCCGCCAGAUUCUAACUUUUUUUAAGCACCGAAGUUUCACUGCUACAUUUGCAGCCGCCGUUUGCGAGUCGCUACAUAGGAAUGUAUGGCGUAAAGUUGUUUCUACGUUAAUUCAGUGUCUUUGGAGAAAGAAUAACCUAUUUUUCGUAGUUUUGUGAGAACCGGAGGUGCCUUAUGUGGUGCGUUGAGAUUGAAAUUUUCUGUGUGUGUUUAAUGCGAUAAAUUCUAUCGAUGAGCACUCCUUUUUGCGUAAGGUUUGUGUGAAAUUUAAGUGUACCGAAUUUCUAUAAAGAAAAGGUCUCACUUAAGCUGCUUAGUUGCAGUUACGUGGGCUGAUUUACAGCGAGUGUACUGCUCUCGGCUGCGAUCAUGCAACGCUACUGCGGCGCUGUGCGGGUUGUGAAAAAACAACAAUCACGAAAUGCAUGUCCGCGGUUAUGAAAAUUAAAAAAUCCUCCUUUUCAUUGGUAUAUAUUAAAUAAUGUCUACGAAUUUUUUCGUGGAAAGUAAAUGGCAUUUAUGCACGGGUAGAUGUGGCAAAAAUCAAACGAGCAAGUGCAGCAAGUGAUACAAAAACAGUGAGUGUAUAAACAUUAAAAUGCCAAGUAGUGACAUUCAGAGUUUCUAUAUGCUCCCACAAAUGAUUCGAGAAGGUCGUAGAACUCAUUGCAUCACUGGAUCCCUGACAAAGCAUUUUGAUUGUGUUUUUGGCGAAAAGAAAUCAAUACACCUACGUAAGGAAGAUAUUUUUGUUUUAAAGUUAAGCUUACAUAUUCAUACAUACUUUCGAUCUUUGUCACAACAUGCACAGCUCUGUGGUCGCUGCCAAGCCGAGGUGCAGUGUAGUUACACUUGUUGUAAACUAGUCAGAUACGCUAAGUACACUUUCCACCAUGAUGAAACCUAGAUCUGCCGCAAGUCGACUUCACGAGAGGACUUUGUUCAAAGUCUAUAACAGAGUCAGCAAAAAACUGUUUCAUCAUUUUUUUUUUUAAUACUUGGACCAUUUGUUAUUAGAUUGCGAGUUCUCUGUUUAUUUCUAGGCGAAUGAUUUCGACUUUGAGUGAUCUACAAAGGGCUACGGAGCUUGCACGCCUUAUCUGCUUAGGAAAAGCACCACGAUUACCAGGUGAGUAAAGAGCUAUGUUAUUUUCCCACGUAAGAGAGUUACUUUCACGUGCAUGAUUGCCUAGAGGUACCUAUAUUUAGCAUUCUAGUAACAAAUGAUAAGUAUCCUUCCUUCCAAAGGUUCAAGAUUCUCUCGUAGAAUAUUAUGAAUAUGCAAAAUUGACACAGGACGAAAAAAGGGCCACUAAUUAUUUUGUAGUGGUCAUAAACAAUUUCGGAUUUUAAUGUCUCAAGUAUUAAUGUUUUGGUGUAAUGUUUGUGAGAUAAGCUAAAAUAAUAAGAGAAAAACUUGGCAUACUGAGACCGGUUAUUGCUCCUGCAGCAAAGUAAAUGUUCAUUGCUCAUUAAUGUGAUGUUUAAUUGGAUCAAUAAGUGUGGUUCUAGCGCGUAAUUGCUUGAAUUGCUCUACAGCCUCGUUUGCAGGGCUUUUCUGGAAAAAUUGAUCGAAAUACUGCUCAUAGGCUUGGCUGAUUUUCUUUUAUUAUAUUGUUUAGCCCACUGCUUUUUAUCUAAUUCUAAGGCCUCAGAAUUGGUUUACCAAAUGAAAGCCUCUCGAUUGCCGACCAUGAUCGUGACUGCAAGCUGCAACAUCUCAACGACGAUCAAGUGACGGCUGUAAGAAGGUCAUUGAGAGGGCGCUUUACUCUUAUUCAAGGACCACCAGGUAGUUUUGGCUAUCGUCUCUAAGUAUAACUUAACUAAGGACGUAUUUUGUAAAAGUCAUAAUGUAGUUUCAGUCCCGUCCCAACCUCACCCCACCCCUUUUCUUAUUAUAUUGGCAAGGACGUUAUGUUCGUUUUUCUUGUUUGCGUAUUGUUUUUCCCCUGGUGUUGAUCCUUUCCACUGUCACAAGCCAUUUUGCGUGUAUGUGUUUCAUUUCCAACAAUGGGUUCGUGUUAAAACAAAUGGGUUCCUUUUCCUUUUGCGGGUCAUCUAUCAUAAAUUGCAGUCUGUGCCAAAAAGGGCCAUCUCCUAAUACUCGUUGACAUUUGAUUUUUAAUGUAAGUCUUCAAAUUCAUCUUUAAGGAACUGGAAAAACCGUAACAGGAGUUCAUAUCGCCUACUGGUUUUCGCAAUUAAACUUUCGUGACGACCCUCCAGCGGACACACCAAGAGACCAAACUCCAGAUACAGCCCCUCGGCAGGUCCUGUAUUGUGGUCCCUCGAACAAAUCGGUAGACGUUGUUGCAGGUGGGUUGGUUUUCAUAAAGUAUUGUCUUGGAAUAGAUUGAAAUUGUGUUAUACCCUCUCCUCGGCCCUUCAUUUAUUAAUAAACUUUGGUCAUUCAGCCAUUUAUUUAGCUCAUUAACUAAUGCAUCCAUCCAUCCUUUCAUUCAUCCAUUCAUUCACCCAACUAUCCAUCCAUCCAACAUUAUUAUAUUUCUGAAACAUUCACUCGUUUAUUAAUUUAAAGAUGUACUUGUUCUCUAGAGUAUUUGAUGAAGAUCAAGGGCAUUCGGAUCCUCCGAGUAUACGGAAACGUAAUUGAAGAAGAAGAGUUUCCGGUUCCAAAUCAAGUGAAAAGCAUUCGACAAACUUCUGUCCACAAAGUUCCCAAAAAAUUGAGACCUUUUUCCUUGCAUCAUGUAAUUAGAGACGAAGAAAGGUCACCAAAGGCACGGCUGCUGAAGGAAUAUGAGAAGUUCUUUGCCAGAAAGAGGAGAGCAAAGAAAAAAGUGGCAGACGAGAUAGUGGAGGAAUAUUUGCAGGUUGUGUCAAUAGUGCUGAUUUCAAAUGUGAUUGCAAUGCAUAAACUGUGAACUUUGAUACAUUGACUUGUUUAUUGCGUGUACAUUUUUCACGAAAUCAAAUGAUAUUUUAUGAUAAACGUGAAAAAACCCAAACUUAAUAAACAGUCAGCUUCUCUCCACACAAAGGGAAUACUAACUAUAUCAGACAAGCACGUUUAAAGAUCUUAUCGCUGCCAUAUUAGACGUAUGUAAGCUAUUGGAAGAUUUGAAGCUUUUGACUGAUUAAGUAAGAAACCUAGUAGGUUAAACCUAGUAAGUAGUACUUAAUGAUGAUAAAAAUUUCACUGCUAUCAAGCAGUCUAUUUCGUCUGCUCUGGUUAUAAUUACAUUAGGAUAAGUCUUCAUUUGUCUGAGAUAAUUGAACUUUGCCUUUCCGGACGAAACCCUACAGUUCCUACAGCCGUGUGAAAGGUAACCGUCCAUGCGAGACCUGCAUCCUUAAUACCAUUUUUUCUUACCAGCACUUGCUAAAAUGUGGGGAAAAAUAAGCUCUAGGACCCAGAUAUUAGUAGUAUCAUCUAUUAUUUUAUGGCUUUUUCCGGGAGCGGGUUAGAUGAAGCGAAUCCUGAGAUCUGACUGCAUGUGCUCGGUUUGAUCCCGCGAGAAAAACACCCUUUAUUGAUCCUACUUGUUCGGUGAUUUUCGCUGGAUAUUAGUCUGGUUCUCUUUUUUGAAGUCUCUAUUGGUCUCGACUUCGCUUCUUGUUUUUUUUUCAAAAAGGAACUUGCAUUGUUGGCCAAUAUCCAGCCAUCUUGACUUCACACGUAGUCAAUAACACUUCUGUAUCCUUACUUAUCAAAGGUGAUAAAAGAAGCCGAAAGGUGGGUUUUUAGAAGCGUGUGUAACAGCAGUUACCAUCAGAUUGUUCUCUGCACCUGCUGUGUGGCCGGAAGUAAAAGAGUGAGAGAUGCCUGUAAUAACAUCAUUCAGUGUAUAGUGGACGAAUGUGCCAUGUGUCUGGAGCCAGAAACUCUUGUUCCGAUUCACUGGUCAAGCGCGUAUCAAGUGGUUCUAAUUGGAGAUCACAUGCAGCUUCAACCAAUUGUGAAGAACAAGGUCGCAAAGUCGCUUGGACUAAACAAGUCUCUGUUCGAACGUUACGCCGAUCGGGCAUUUAUGCUUAAACAACAGUACAGAAUGGUAAGUGAGCCAUGUUAAUUAUGUCUUCAUCUUGACGGAGACCAGCAGAGCUGAAUGUUACAGCAACAAUCAUAAGUCAUAUGCUUGACCGGCGAAAGAUGUCGGGAACAACUCUCUCGUUCAUGUACUGCGACUCUCCCGAAAGUUUAUGACCAAUUCUUCCUCCAAAAGGCCAGUCUGUUUGUACUGAACCGACUAUUUGCCUCUUAACUUCUCGUGUUUCCCGACCCAAAAGUGAGCAAAAACUGAAGCCUACUCUAUUCUUUUCAGCACAAGGACAUCUGCGAGUUUCCCUCAGAGCAUUUUUACAGCAGCGAAUUGAAAACCGCGGAUUCAGUUAACAAGCGGGAACAAACAGCAAGAGUGAGCAGAGACUUUCUUCAGUUUUGGCCAAGUCACAGUGAAACAGGUUACGUACCCUUGGUAUUUUGCAAUGUUGUUGGCGAAGAGGAAGAGCUGGUGGUGACAGCAGAGGAAGGCCAUGAAAAAUCCAAGAGUAAUGUCAAGGAGAAAGCCAAAGUGGUGAGUUAAGAUGAGCGUUCUGAGGAAAAAUUAAAAAUUUGGGAACUCGGACGUAAGUAUAGCCGGUAAGAUAUAACGUCAUAGUUAAAAAACAUCUUGAUAAUCCUUCUCAAACGCUUUCAGUAUAACGGCCUCUCAAGAUAGGGCGUGUUUUCCUUGUUUUGUGAAUUAUCAGAAUUUUGUAAUGAUACAGUGAGAAUCUUUCUACCAGUAUGACGAAAGAAAUCCUCUUGGUAAUUCGCUCAUUAUAACAGAGUUUCACUGAGAUAACUUAGUUCUUUUUUUUAUUAUUAUAUGAAUUGAGCUUGAGUUUAUAAACGGAAAUGAUUUCAAUGCUGUAAGAGAGUAAAGGACAACACGACAACCACCUUACAACUUAGUUGUUGUUUUUGUUGUAUUUUUUGUUGUUCUUUUCAGGUGGAGGUGCUUAAAAAACUGCUGGCUUGUGGAAAAGAUGUGGUAACGGAAAAUCAAAUUUCCGUUUUGAGUCCUUACCGCGCUCAAUGUCAUAUAAUUGAAAAAGACCUCGCUGCCAAUGGCAUAUCGAAAGUGUCAGUAACUUCGAUUGUAAAGAGCCAAGGUAUGUUUCUUUUUUUUUUUUUUGGUGGGGGGGGGGGGGGGGGGGGGUAAAACCUAAGUUUAAAGCUGAAGGGCGUCCUUCCCACAUCGCAAUAAAGUCCUUUGGUCAUAUUUGAACAUUGACACAAUUAUCCCCACGCGCGGGCUGCACUUUACACGCUGCCACGCCGGCAGCACAAAGACGCUAAUUAACAAAACUAUGUAUAAGUAAUGUGGCCAGCAUUUUAGAGUAAUAGAAAGUUUCUCUCUCUUUUUCUUUCUUUCAGGAAAUAAGAAUUUGCUAGAGGUUUGUGAAAUGUGGAGCUAUCUUAUUAAACAUUAUCAAGACAGGCAGUGUCUCGUGGACGGAGAUAACUGGCCUUGAGGGAUUGAAAAAAAGUUGUACUAACCAGCUCUUGAAUAAUCGGUAUAGUUAUAACUUUCCCUGUCGCAGCUUACUCCUUUUCUUAAAGACGUAUUUUUAGUUAUCUUACCUGUUUUCCUUGGCAUUAAGCACAGAUUGUUGCAGAAAAUUCAUUUUCUUAAAUAAUAAGGUGAUACCCAAGCAAUACAAUACAAUUACAAUACAAUACAUCAAUUGUCCCAAAGGGACUUUUCAGAAUUAAUUUACAUCGAGUAGAAAAAUGGAAGAUCUAUCUAUCACACAUUCUUAUUAAACGACACAUUACAAAUUUACUUAUUCACAUUAAAAUCUCCCCCGUAAAUAUAUCAAUAAACCAUCACUAAUAAAAUUUAUACAUUGUUUGCGAGCACAUUCCCAUUGUAGCAACAGAGGGAUUAUUCCAAGUUUUAAGUGCUCUAUAACAGAGGCCACGUUGUGCUACACAUAGGUAAACUGAGAUGGUCUUUGUUUCUUGAGUUAUUUGAAUGAUCAUCAGUGUCAGACCGUUUGAAAUGAAUAGCUAAUAGGUUGGAGUAGACUGUUUAUGCAUUUGUAAAUAAUAGUUGCGUCACACAAUUUCAGAAGUUCAUCAAUAAUGCUGAACCAACCGAGUUCAUUCAGUAUAGGUGAAAUAUAUGAUAAAUUUUCUUUAGUACUCGUUGAAAUACGGGUAGGAAAAUUUUGCAACAGCUGUAAAUUGUGAGUAUUUUCUUUUGAAGUCCCGGACCAAUAUACCGCUGAGAAAAAGAACCAUAGUUUAAAUUUAACACUAAAUGAGGAUAAAUAGUGCCCUGUUUUUCAGACAUCCCUCGGAGUCGCAUACUCUUCUCAAAGAUAGCUUGCCUUGCUUGCAGUAUUAGCGGGCGAGUGCUGUAGUUGUGGAGACGGAGCCGGCGGGGUUGUUGUGCCAGGGACACUUUUGUGCAUGAAGCAAGUGGUUCAAUCUUCACUCAGCUCCUUCGCCAAAACUACAGCACUCGCCCGCUAAUCCCACCAGUUACGCAGGCUAUCUCAGAGACGUCAUCCCUGAGAGGAGUGUGCUACUCAAAGAGAUGUCUGAAAUUCAGGCUAGAACUCUGAUAAACCGGCCCCGUGAUCAUUUUAAUUUGCGUUGCCUGAUUGUAAUUCUCUUGUAUUUCUUUAUGCCUUGAAUAACUUGUUUUCUUACUCAGUCAAACCUGUGAUCACAAAUUUGGUACGUUGCGAAAUUGCCUUAAAUAGCUUGACCUAUAACAAAUAAAGUAGCGCUUUUAUCGUCUGCCUCUAUACAAAUCAGAGGCUAGUGGUUUCACCAGUAACUUUUUUUACAGUCAUUUCAUCAACCUAUAAGAGUGAUGGAUCCGUUUGAAAUCACCAAUUUCGUAGAAAUCGGUUGUGCCUAUGGGGGGGGGGGGGGGGGGGGGGGGGUAAUAAAACAUCAAGUUGAAAGUAGACUGUGCACUUUCCAUGCAACAAAAAUUCCCGUUUGAAAUUUCGGAAAUUUCGGAAAUUUCACGCGCCGAAUGGAACGGUACAUUCCGGUUGCGCAGACCUGAACCAAGCCUCUACGCGUUCGGUAAUUGUUCUUGUAAGCAGGAUAUAAACGAGAUGUACUGGGGACAACAAUUUUGACAAAUGGAAAGGGAAAUUUCGUUCGAAUUGACCGAAAUGACCGGUCAAAGUCGACCACCUCAGAGCUGGUCUCGAAUAUUCUAGUCGGAUCAAACCGAAAUGGUCCAUUCCAUUUGAUGUACCCUGAACCGGGGUUGAAUGGAAGGCGCCAAGAGCCUUUCGUUUCAAGGGCGGCCCUAUGAGAUUAGUAUAAUUGCCGAAACGGUUAAUUUUGUUAAAAUUGAUAUAGUUAAUAUGCAUUUUCGUGCUCGCCAAUUAGCCAUUGCUCACUGCAGACUUCCAACUCCCGCCUCGUUUUCGGUUUUCGCUGCUUCCCGGCUCGUAACGCGGGCUUAGUAUAAUAUACCACAGGCUAAAUAUAUGGCUAGGGGAUAGGGGUGACGACAAAAACUUACAACAUUUCGUUGUAAUAUGAUAGUAGUUUUGGCAGACAAAAGCAUUCACGAGGAUAUUUUUAUCGCAUACCCUUCAAAUUCAGAAACUUGAAUACUACUCCUGUCCUUUAUUUUCGUACGGACAGGGAAAGCCAUUUUGUGAAGGUGGAAUGAUACUUUUAACUUGACUUGGAUUUGGGGGGUCACCAAUACCAGGUUUCAUUCAUCAAGUUAAUAUUUUCCCCUAGGCAGUGAAAACGACUUUGUGAUCAUAUCACUGGUUCGGUCUUUGCCAGAAUCUCAAAUCGAUCAUGAGCCAAACGGCGGGUGGCUAAGAGAAAAACUAGGAUUUGUGACUGACGAACACCAGAUCAACGUUGCUUUGACGAGAGCAAAACGAGGCCUGUGUAUCAUCGGUAAGAAAAUAUACAAGGGCACCCAACGAUUGUUUUCUGUAAAAUAUCUGUUCGGAGAAGUAGAUGUUGCCUAGAAUUUUCUGUUACUUGAGGACGGCUAACAAUUUUUAGAUGACCAUUCCAUCCAUGUGCAAUUCUAAGCUUAUAAACCCUACGUAUACGGUUUUCUAAAGUUUAAUUUUUCACAUCAACUCCCCACGUUAGGCUUUUUUUCGCAGAAAAAAGGAAAUUAUUCUUGAUAGCCUUAAAAGGUUUUUCAAUAUGUUAACUAAAGGGGAAAACCAUCGUUGGGUGCUCCUAAAUAUGGUUAAGUCCCAAAUUGUUUAACCCGUACUAGUAGCCAUUAAAGACUGAGACGAGCUACAAAUAUAAUGUACACCUACCAUGCUUCUGCGUAGAAUCGUCGACCAUUUCUUGGCCAUAAAAUGUAUCGUUUUAGGGCAAACGCUAUUUGGUACGUAUUCUGGACAUGCAAUCGAAGCCAAGACGCUAAUUAACAAAACUAUGUAUAAGUAAUGUGGCCAGCAUUUUAGAGUAAUAGAAAGUUUCUCUCUCUUUUUCUUUCUUUCAGGAAAUAAGAAUUUGCUAGAGGUUUGUGAAAUGUGGAGCUAUCUUAUUAAACAUUAUCAAGACAGGCAGUGUCUCGUGGACGGAGAUAACUGGCCUUGA